AUUUAUUUAUUUAUUUAUUUAUUCAAUUCUAAUGAAAAAAUAAUAAAAGGAAAGUAUUUGCUUUUAUUCCCUGUAUGUUUUUCAGGUCACCAAAUGAGAAACUCUGUUUUUUUUUUGUCGGUAGAUGGCGCUGUUGAUUGACGCAAAGGUGGGAUCAAAGGUUAGGCUUACCCCAAGACUGUAAAGGUAGAGCUUACGCAUUAUUAUGUCAUUGUAAAGCUUACAGAAUAUGUGAUAAAUAUUCGCUGUUUUUGGCUGAAGACAUCUGUUAUGACGUCGUGACGUGUUGUUUGCACUGUCGUCGCUAUUAUCAGACGCGCAGCUGUUUAUUGUAGAAAAUGCCUCGAAAUCACAAACUUUUGGCUAUGUAUCCUGUCGAUCUGCCAGCUGUGGACGACACCGAGCUGACAUCCGCAUCUGAAAAUUACCUAGCUUCACUGAACGCAACAAAUUCCUGCAAUGAGUGGUUUCGGUCAUUACUGACGCCAAAAGAGAUUGCUGUAACACCAGCCAACAUCAGACAGCUCCAGCUGUUUGAGGACGAACAUCCUGCCUGUACUGUGCUGGCGCUUCACCCUCCACAUGAUCAAACACAGGUCUUAGCUUUAUACUUGCACAAGAAGUGGUGGCCAUUGGACGACGUGCUGCAGACCUCCAGUGAAUCCAGAAGUGGCUUGCAGCCGGUGCAGUCCAUUAUGGAGAGGUUGAUCGUGUUCCUGCUCAGUCAGGUGGUGGAGGGGCCUGGGUCACAUGGAGAGGUGUCGUUCUCCCUGCAUCCACCCACAGAAACCUGCAAAGUGCUGUGGAAGGAUGGACAGGCGGUCGGCUUCUACACCAUCAAACACAAAGGCAGACUCUGUGACAGCUGGAGCAGCCGCUGCUACCUGCUGCCUGUCCUGGACACUGUGCUGGUGAGGAGAAGAUGCAGGAGGAGAGGCUUCGGCCUUCAGAUCCUGCAUGACUUCUGCUCCUCCUUCUCCUCGGAGGAGUUUCUCGGAGUCAGCUCUCCCUUGUCGUCCGGCAUGGUGGCAGUAAUCAGGAAGUUCCUGCAGCAGCAUGAGGAACAUCGGGCGCGUCUGUAUGAGGUGGAGGCUUCAGGAGGGUGGACUCAGAGAAGAAACAUCUGGCUCAACAUCCAACUUGGUCGCUACGCGUCUGAGCAGACUAGUCCAGCUGUCCUGACCCCAGUCAGCCCUGUAACUCGAACGCUCCCCUGAUAACGGCCUCUGCUCAGCUCUGUGAUGUGAACCAGAUAACUCCCCGAGCAGCGAGCUGUAUGGGACAGGAUGUUGCUCUUCAGUCCGCACUGAUAUUCUGGGUUUUAAAGCUCCCAGGAGGUCCCAACGUUUAAAAGAAAGUUUGAAAUGGAAAGAAGCUUUGUCAAGCAUAGAAAGCCCAGAGGAGAUGCAAAAAAGGUCCAAAAGAGCCAGAAUACCAUCAACGAGUAAAAUCACAAACUUAGCUCAUUGCACAACAUCACACUCUAGCGAGAACUGUUCUUUUCCUUGUGUGUGAGGGGCGCAUGAAAAGGCUUUCAAAUAUCAAAAUGAGAAAAGCUGCUCUGUGCAGAUUUUGUGUUUCUGAAUUUCUUUCUUACUCAAGACAGGCAAAACAUUUCAGCUUUUUGGAGUUCACCUGUUCCAUUUUCUGUUAAUUCUGUGGUAAUUUUACCCCCUACCUCUCUCCUUAUGUUUCUUGUAUUUCUGAAUAUUUAAUUAUUUUACCUUAAAUGUCCUGUUUUGGUGAAGGCAACUCAAAUAUCAUCAGAUAGAUAGAUAGAUAGAUAGAUAGAUAGAUAGAUAGAUAGAUAGAUAGAUAGAUAGAUAGAUAGAUAGAUAGAUAGAUAGAUAGAUAGAUAGAUAGAUAGAUAGAUAGAUAGAUAGAUAGAUAGAUAGAUAGAUAGAUAGAUAGAUAGAUAGAUUUCCUAUGUUCCCAUAUUUAUGUAGUAUUAAGUGUACCUGGGAUCCAUCAAAUCUGUGUCCGUUUCUCUAAUAACUUUUCACUAUAAAUAGUGACGAGGUAUAAAAUGUACCUUGGAAAAUAUCACAUACAGGACUGCAUGAUGUAAUGACGCAUUUAAAAUCCACUUAAAUAAAACCUGUUAUUCA